CUGGAAGCAGGAGGAACUGUUCGUUCUGCCCAUGGUUGCACGGGCUCGUUUCGCAACAUUUAACAUUCUUUUUCGCGCUGUUAUUAGUCCAUUGAAAGUUCUAAGAUCCGGGUCACUUAAAUUUAGUCUCAGUUCUUGUGUACAGAUUAUGUGUUCCACAAAGAAAUCCUUCGAACGACUUCCAAUCAACGUGGUUCCAAAGAACUAUGCGCUGACUCUUCAACCAAAUCUGACGGAAUUCUCCUUUACUGGUAAAGAAGUAAUAGAAGUAGAGGUGAGUAUUCGUAUUUUCCAUUUGUUUUCGACGCAAACGCAUAGUUAUAGCUAUAUUUUUUUGUAAUGAAUGGUAAUUGAAAGGCGUUCUUAUGAUUUGUUAAAUUAGCCACAGGCAUCCCAACAUAGUAGCUAUGGAGAAACAUUAAAUUAACUUAACAAAUUUUGUUAAUUUUAUGUUUUCAAGGUUAAGGAGGAAACUGAUAAAGUGAUCAUCAACUGCUUGGAUAUAACUGUCAAGUCA